CCCCUUCAUCAAACUCACACCCUUCUCCCCUCAAUUUCCGCUCUGUUUCUCUUUGCAUUUUCCCAUAGAAACUUCACAUUCUCGUUCCCCCCUUUCUCUUCAUAUAGAUCCAGUCCCUCUCUGCAUGGUCGGGGAAUAGAAUCUGUUGUCUCUCAAAUUUGCAAAAGAAAAAAAAAUCCUUUUUUUUUUUUAAAUUAAAGUUUUUCUGAAACAUUCACCGUGGAGAUUCUCGGAUCAGGUCGGGCUGCUCGAGGUGGGUUUCACGGCGGGGACAGAUACAUCUUCUGCCUUCUCUUGAGGGGGUAGCCGAGGCUCCGGCCUCGGCGGUUUUCAAACCCCUUACCUUCACAAAAUCUGGUAAUUAAAAAUCAAACCUUUCUUAAGAUCCGCUGCUGAAAAAAAACAGAGCAAUACAGAGCAAAACAGAGCAAAAACAGAGUGUUAAGAAAGAUGCCUGCUUUAGCUUGUGUCGAUAGCUACGCCGCCGACGUGUUCAUCCCACCGUCACCACCACCACCUUCCUCCACCUCCACCGCCGUCGCCGUCGACGCCUGGAGCCCCUCUCUCUCCUCCUCUCUCUACCGCAUCGACGGAUGGGGAGCUCCUUACUUUGCCGCUAACUCCUCCGGCAACAUCUCCGUUCGUCCUCACGGCUCCAACACUCUCCCUCACCAAGACAUCGAUCUGUUAAAACUCGUCAAGAAGGUGACCGAUCCGAAACAAACCGGCGGUUUGGGGCUCCAGCUUCCGGUUAUCAUCCGGUUCCCUGACGUUCUGCAGAACCGCCUCGAGUCUCUCCAAUCCGCGUUCGAUUUCGCGAUACAGAGCCAAGGGUACGAGUCUCACUACCAAGGAGUGUACCCCGUGAAAUGCAAUCAAGACCGGUUCGUCGUGGAGGACAUUGUGAGAUUCGGUUCUCAAUUCCGGUUUGGUUUGGAAGCCGGCUCUAAACCGGAGAUCCUCCUCGCUAUGAGCUGCUUGUGUAAAGGCGGCAACCCUGAGGAAGCCUUUCUCGUCUGUAACGGCUUCAAAGACGCUGAGUAUGUAUCUCUAGCUCUUAUGGGAAGGAAGCUGGCGUUGAACACUGUGAUUGUGCUUGAGCAAGAAGAAGAGCUUGAUUUGGUUAUAGGCCUGAGUCAGAAGAUGAACGUGAGGCCUGUGAUUGGGCUGAGAGCUAAGCUGAGGACCAAACACUCUGGUCACUUCGGUUCGACUUCAGGUGAGAAAGGGAAGUUCGGUUUAACUACUUCUCAGAUAGUUCGUGUCGUGAGGAAGCUUAGUCAGGCUCGUAUGCUUGACUGUCUCCAGCUUUUGCAUUUCCACAUUGGCUCCCAGAUUCCAUCCACUUCCUUGUUAUCUGAUGGUGUCUCCGAAGCUGCUCAGCUUUACUGCGAGCUGGUCCGUCUCGGUGCCAACAUGAAAGUUAUAGACAUCGGUGGUGGCUUGGGGAUUGACUACGACGGGUCUAAAUCCGGAGAGAGCGAUCUCUCCGUUGCCUACACUCUCGAGGAGUAUGCUGAAGCUGUUGUAGCCUCUGUUCGGUUUGUAUGCGAGAGGAGGUCGGUGAAGCAUCCUGUGAUAUGCAGCGAAAGCGGGAGAGCGAUAGUCUCUCAUCACUCUGUUUUGAUCUUUGAAGCUGUCUCGUCGGUUAAACCGGCUGUUCACGAAGCUGAUCCUGAUGAUAUUCGGUUCUUGCUUGAAUCCGAGGAAGCUUACGAGGAGGUGUACUCUGCUGUGAUGCGUGGGGAUCAAGAAAGGUGUUUGCUUUACGUUGAGAAGCUGAAGGAGAGAUGCGUUGAAGGUUUUAAAGACGGUGUUGUGAGCGUCGAGCAGUUAGCUUCCGUUGAUGGGUUAUGCGAAUGGGUUUUAAAGGCUAUUGGCGGGUCGGAUCCGGUUCAGACUUACAAUAUUAACCUCUCGGUUUUCACUUCGGUUCCUGACCUAUGGGGGAUUGAGCAGCUGUUUCCUAUAGUCCCUAUUCAUAAGCUCGACCAAAGGCCGGGGACACGUGGCGUAUUGUCGGAUUUGACGUGUGACAGCGAUGGGAAGAUUGAUAAGUUCAUAGGCGGGGAGUCUAGCUUGCCGCUGCAUGAGCUAGAGAGCGAUGGAGGGAGGUACUUCUUGGGGAUGUUUCUUGGAGGGGCUUACGAGGAGGCGCUAGGUGGAGUGCACAACUUGUUUGGUGGGCCGAGCGUUGUACGUGUCUUGCAGAGUGAUGGGCCUCAUGGCUUUGCUGUGACACGAGCCGUGCCUGGUCAGUCCUCUGCUGAUGUUCUUCGUGGGAUGCAGCAUGAGCCUGAGAUGAUGUUUCAGACGUUGAAGCACCGAGCAGAGGAGGUUAUGCAUCAUCAUACCAAAGGUGGUGAAGAAGAAGAUGAUGAUGAUGAUGAUGAAGCUGAGUUCGGUAAUGUCGCGGCUUGUCUUGACCGUUCGUUUCAUAACAUGCCGUAUCUAGCGACCGAGGAGGUGUCUAUGAGUAACUCUCUUUCGGCUGCGGUCAGUAACCUUGGCUUUUACUAUUGCGAUGAAGAUGACUACCUCUCUGCAUGAGGAAAGGUGGUUUGUUGUUUGCAUUCUUGUGUUAUCGUAUGUUUCUUUUAAUAAAGUAGUAAAAUAAUCAUAAUGAUGAGAUUCAUCGUUGUUUAAUGUUGUUUUUUUUAUUUUAAUUAGAAGAUCCGAAUGAUGAAAGUACUUUUGUGAAAUUCAGAUCUUUGUACUAUGUUAUUUGAUGUUUGAAAUGUAACGUUCUUGUUUCAUUUAUAUAUAAUUGUUGGCAUUA